GCGCCGUAUUUGCGUACGAUCUGUUUACAAACAAACUUUGCCAGCGGUUGCGAACGCGCCACCGCACAUCUAGAUAUCUCGGGAUCAGUCCAAUUUUGGAGCUUGAGUUUGGUCGACUUGUACAGUACAGUGUUUCGGUGCAGGUCAUCGACGCAGCAGCCAACAGCAAGCAUCAACGGUUACAGUAAGUGGAAGAACCGGCUCAAACGAACCAGCAACCAGCACAGACAGUCAAUCUCGCUACCAGCCAAGCGCAGCACAAGCGGAGGGUCCCUGUAAAACGCUUUUUAUCUUCACCGUAUCUUCACAUCCACAAGACAAUCAACCAAAAAUGAAGUCUCUGUUACUACUCUCCGCGAUAGUGACGAUUAUUGCGGCCCAGAGAGACUACACCACGCCGGUGCCCAUCCUAAAGCAGAUCAACAGACACAACGAGGAUGGCAGCUACAGCUACGGUUAUGAGGCGGCAGAUGGUACGUUUAAGAUCGAAACCAAGUACCCGAACGGUGAGGUGCAGGGCAAGUACGGUUACGUGGAUGACGGUGGUAAGCUGCGUGAAAUCGAGUACGGCGCGAGUAAUCGUGGUUUCGAGCCGCAGGGUACGGACAUCAACGUCCCACCACCAACGUUGAGCAACAGCAACUACCCACCGCUUGGCCCGAACGAGGAAGACGAUGGUCAGUAUCGGGAGGAUCCGAGCAUCUACUACAAGGACUCGCGUUACAACUCGAAACCGGCACCGUACAAUGCGCGCCCAGCGCCGGUAGCAUACAACCCAGCACCGCAGCAGUACUACCGCAACACGGCCGCACCGGAGGCUGCCCCAGCGACCUACCAGCCGCAGCCCCAGCACCGAUUCCAGCCGCAGCCACAGCAGCAGUACUAUCAGCCGGCGGCACCCGUGCCGCAGCAGCGUGCCGACUACUGGCAUCCGAACGCAAAGGUGGACAUCAACACUGGCUCGUACUCGCUCAGCUACACCGGCAGAUAGGCAAGAUGGGUGGCAAGGCAAAAUUGCACAGACAAUCCAAAUCAACACAGACACACACUCCAACUCCAACUCUAAUAUCCUAAGUCAACGUGAUGUCUCCCAUAGCGAUGUACCACCCAAUCACCAAUAUGGUGCGACAUUAGGUUUCAUCCACUCCACUCCUGUUCCAAGCUAAGUCAACAGGGAGGGGUGUGCGCAAUAAAGUGGUAGAGAACGAUUUUUCCCCCUCAAAAAAACAUAA